GGCGGUGGGAAGAUGUGUCGAGCGUGGGUGUACAGGAAACGGAGGAGAUGUAGGCGAGGACAGCAUCAAUGCUGGAGGAAGUGAAUCCAUGUGCUUUGAAGAAGGAGAACAUCUCUGAUGUCCUGGAAAAGGAAGCCUCAUUCUGGGAACAGCUGUGGCAGAGACAAAGGAACUGCGAAAAGGGAAUAGCAUUUUUACAGGAGACAGGGUGGGAAGAGGUAUAGUCAAGACAGCUGUGGGAAUCAGUAUGUUUACAAAAGUUGUAGAACAACAGUUUGUCUCCAGAGAUUGUAAAAGGGGAAGGUAAUACCAGUAAUGGACACAGUGAAUUCAAGGGCAGGGUUAAAGAUGUAUUGAUUAAUUUGUAAGUGGACAGCAAGCAACUGACUAAAAUAGCACCUUGAGCACCAACCAUAUAAAAGGAAGAGUUAAAUCUUGGCCAUCAAAGGGAAAUCAUAAUAAAAGUUUAAGAUAACAUUUAUCUUAACAAAAUAUUCUUUGGAUAAGCAGGGGGCAUAAGAGCAAAAUAGCCUAAAUAAAUAGAGAAAUUAACCAUUGAACAAAUCUGAUUUGCAUAAAGUAUCUAAUAUACAUAAAUAUCGAUCAGUUACAGAAAAUUAAUCUAUUGUUAGCUAAUUAAUAAUGGAUGCCCUGAUUCUGUUAGCUCUAGGUUUAACUGAACCACUUAACCAAAUGUGGCAUCAAGGAGCCCUAGUAAAACUGAAAUCAAUGAAUAUUUGAGGAAAACAUUUUAAUAACUAUAAUUGCACGAAGCUAGUGGGUGUUGGAGGCCAGUCACGAAAUCUUAGGCAAAGUGCCUCGGGACACUAUUUUAGGCACAGCCAUUCUUAGCUUCAUUGUAGCUUCCCUUCAUCGAAGUCUGCAGGGUGGGCAUUUGAUGAUGCAUGGCAACGAUCAGUUCCGUACAGAGCACCUCAAACAAAGAAGCAGAAAAUACCCGAUGAUGUUCAGGAUUGGGCUGAUGGUGACAUUUACACCAGGCGCUUGUUAGGGAAUGAAAGUUUGUAGGAGCAUACAAAACAGUUGAGUCCAUAAUCAGAUAUUAAGCGGCGGAACAGUCCCCUAUGGCCUGUUCCGGCAUCGAUUUCUCACGCACCUAUGUACUCGAGAACUCGCAGCACCUCCAGUCCAGUUACGCCAUGGCACUUAUCCGCCAAUAAGUGCAUUCCCUUGGGGAGGAGUGACAGCGAUAGUUGGAGCGGGUGGGGGCAUUAAUAUUACAACCUGGGCCAGUGCAAGGUUGUACACGGUUACCACAUCAUUUCUGCCUUCACGCAAACCCUGUUCUCACCGCUCCCUGUUGAUCCUCCCAACCUGGAGGCGCCAGUCCGACGUUGAGCGAACGAGGAUUGGUUGUGCCCGUCACUUCAUCAUAAUUCACUUCAUCUUUCAGGUCAAAAGUCGAUCAUGCGCCGUCAAAUGCGGAAGAGGUAUUAAACGCUGAGUAGAGCCUCAACGCUGAAACUUGGCGGAAGGAAUGUUUGAAAUUAAGAAGAUCUGUUGUAUUGGAGCUGGAUAUGUUGGGGGUCCAACAUGCAGUGUUAUUGCUCACAUGUGUCCCGAGAUUCACAUUACGGUUGUAGAUGUUAACCAAGCAAGAAUAGAAGCCUGGAACUCAAAUACACUUCCAAUUUAUGAGCCUGGUUUAAAGGAAGUGGUAGAGUCAUGCAGAGGGAAGAACCUUUUUUUCUCAGCUGACAUCGAUACUGCCAUUCAAGAAUCUGACCUUAUAUUUAUUUCGGUAAACACACCCACAAAAGUUUAUGGAAUGGGAAAAGGUCGGGCUGCAGAUCUGAAAUAUAUUGAAUCCUGUGCGCGAAGGAUCGUAGCAGUGUCAAACGGGUACAAAAUAGUCACUGAGAAAAGCACUGUGCCUGUGCGAGCUGCUGAGAGUAUUCGCAGAAUAUUCCAGUCAAACACAAAGCCAGAUCUAACUCUUCAGGUACUAUCGAACCCAGAAUUUCUGGCCGAAGGGACAGCUAUUAGCAAUCUGAUGAACCCAGACCGUGUGCUGAUUGGUGGUGAUGAGACGCCCGAAGGUCAGGAGGCGAUUCAGGCGCUUUGUGCGGUGUAUGAGCGCUGGGUACCAAGAAGCAAAAUCAUCACAACUAACACGUGGUCCUCGGAACUUUCCAAGCUGGCAUCCAAUGCAUUUCUUGCUCAGCGAAUAAGCAGUAUUAACUCAAUCAGUGCUCUGUGUGAGGCAACUGGUGCUGAUGUUGAGGAAGUUGCUCGUGCUGUGGGCAUGGAUCACAGAAUUGGAAGCAAAUUUCUCAAAGCCAGUGUUGGAUUUGGAGGGAGCUGUUUCCAGAAAGAUGUUCUAAACCUCGUGUAUUUAUGUGAAGCAUUAAACUUACCUGAAGUGGCCCAAUACUGGCAGCAGGUGAUUGACAUGAAUGAUUACCAACGGAGAAGGUUUGCUUCCCGAAUUAUUGACUGUCUCUUCAAUACUGCCACAGAUAAAAAGAUAGCCCUUUUAGGCUUUGCUUUCAAAAAAGACACUGGUGACACACGGGAGAGUUCCAGUAUCUACAUUAGCAAGUACCUAUUGGAUGAAGGUGCAAAUCUUCACAUCUUUGACCCCAAGGUUCUUAAAGAACAGAUCAUUCGUGACCUGUCACAUCCCAACAUAACUCAGGAUAACUCUGGUCAAGUCUCUCGCUUGGUCACAAUCUGCAAUGAUGCAUAUGAAGCCUGUGACAAAGCUCACGCCAUUGUCAUCUGUACUGAGUGGGAUGAGUUCAAGCUGCUGGAUUAUGAACUCAUUCAUAAGAACAUGCUAAAGCCAGCUUUUAUCUUUGAUGGCAGGCGUGUUCUAGAUGAUCUACAUCCAAAACUUCAGAAACUAGGAUUCCAGGUGGAGACCAUUGGCAAAAAGGUCACAGUUCAGAGGAUUCCUUUCACACCCACGGCUGAAGUCCCUAAGUUCAGUCUACAGGAACCUCCACCGAAGAAAGUCAAGUUGUAAAUUCAGAGAAAUAUGCUGAUUUGUCUUUUUAUGAGUAAUUUGUCUUGUAUACAUAUAGGAUAAAUGUUAAACUUUAUUUUUAAAAUGAGAUUUUAAUAAAACAAAAUACAAGAAACUAUUAAAAGACAAACACUAGCUAGUAUAUUUUUACCCUGAUUGUAGAUUUAUACUGACUGGACUGAUGUUUUCCUUCCUAUAACUUUUCUUCUCUCUAAAGUUGCUGAUUUGCAGGUGCUACCUACUUCAUCCUAAUUCUUUGGCAGACAUUUCCAGCAGGCUGAUUCCAUAUAUUUACACUUUCCAGCACGAACACUUGAAUUUUCUCUCUUUCCUCAUCCAGGGAUUCUAAGGAAUGUAGUGCCCUUACUGCCAUUAUAUAAACAGAAAAUGCUGGAAAUGCUAAGUCGGUCAGGAGGAUUCCCAAAUUAAUACCCCCUCUCUCUGCUUCUUGUAGGGAUUGCUCUCUCCAUGAUUCCCUUGUCCAUCCACCCCUGCCCACUAAUCUCCUUCCUGACAUUUAUCCCUGCAAGCGGCCAAAGUGCUACACCUGCCCAUUCACCUCCUCUCUCGCCCCCAUUCACCUCCUCUCUCACCCCCAUUCACCUCCUCUCUCACCCCCAUUCAUCCCCAUUCACCUCCCCCUCACCCCCAUUCACCUCUCUCACCUUCAUUCACCUCCCCCUCACCCCCAUUCACCUCUCUCACCUUCAUUCACCUCCCCCUCACCCCCAUUCACCUCUCUCACCUUCAUUCACCUCCUCUCUCACCCCCAUUCAUCUCCUCUGUCACCUCCAUUUAAGGCCUCAAAUAGUCUGUCCAGGUGAGGCAACACUUCACCUGCAGAUCUGCUGGGAUCAUCUGUUGUGUCCGGUCCGGUGCUCCCGAUGCGGCCUCCACUGGUGAGUCCAGUUGUAAAUUGGAGGACCGCUUCAUCGAGCACCUCCAUUCCAUCUGCCGAAAGCGGAACUUCCCAGUGACCAAACAUUUUAAUUCCGAUUCCCGUUCUGAUGUGUUGGUCCAUGACCUCUUAUCGUACCACAAUGAGGCCACCCUCAGGGUGAAGAAGCAUUACUUUAUAUUCCAUCUGGGUAGGCCCCAACCUGAUGGCAUGAAUAUCAAUUUCUCCUUCUGGUAAAGAAAUGUUUCCCUCCCCCUCUCUGGCCUCUUACCUCUUCUCAACUGCCUUUCACCUCCCUCUGGGUCCACUCUCCUCUCCUAUCAGAUUGCUUCAUCUCCAGCCCUUUACCUUUCCCACAACCCGGCUUCACCUAUCACUUUCUAGCUUUCUUCUUUCCCUCCUGCCACUUCUCAAUUCUGUUAUUUUCCCCUUCCUUUCCAGUCCUGAAGAAGGGUCUCAGCCCGAAAUGCCGACUGUUUAUUCAUUUCCACGAUGCACCCUGACCUGCUGAGUUCCUCCAGCAUUUUGUGUGAGUUAUCCUGGAAAGGAAAUGCAGUGAGUUAAACCACAAUCGGAAAGCAGAUUAAAUUUUAAAUCAAACAAGCAGGAAGAUGGUCAGCAGGCUGGGCAACAUUUCCAUAGAUGCUGGCCUUCCUGUUUUUAUUUCAGUUUCACCAUUUGUAGUUUACAGCAACCUGGACUGAAAUCAAAUGAUUCACACAUGGAGCUUCCCAGCCUAUAUGAUGCCACAGUACCAAAUUAACCCAUCAUUUGUGUAACACUUAAUGUGUAAUUAGUCUUGUUAAAUCCUGAAUGUAAUACUUACUUUAAAGUUGCCAUCUUGUCCAUAAUGUAAACACAACUUUGGAUAUUUUAAAUGAUUUCAGAAUUCGAGUUAGAAAUCGGAGAAAGGCUAGUGAUGACAUCUCUAAAAUCUGAAUUAAUACUACACAGACUCAGAUUGUGGUUUGAUUAAGUGGUAGCAAUCACCAACCUGUUUACUGAAUUGGCCAAUAUAGGGUGUGAGAUAAAUACAAUGAAUGGAUUCAUUAGAUAAACAUCACAGCCAUGCUCUAAACACCUAAACAUGGAGAAAUGGUUUAAAAGUCAGCCUUUUUCUCAUUUUUAAAGCAGCUUUUAAACCAUAACUUUGUAUUUGAGUGUGGAAAACUGGAAUCGAUACUUUGUUGACAUCGGUAACUAGUCAUACAGAAUUUUCCACACGUGAUGAGACUCAGCCAUUUGGAACUAGUAUUUCAACAUCACCAGUCCCCAUGGUUAGCAUUCAGUUUAAAGAUCCAACCACACCAUUGAAACAAUUGUAUCAUUUGCUGACAGUUUUCACUGAGAGGAUCUUAUGAAGCCACUUUGUGUUUAACCUUGUUCAUCGGGAAUACAUUUAGAGGAAUGAAGCAGUAAUUUUAAAUGGAUAUAAAGCCAUGGCUAGCAGUUCAUGAUUUCCUGAUAGGCAGUUCCUGCCAUAAAGCCAUCUGUUGUGAGCACAUUUUGUAACAUUUUUCUCAUUGAUGGAAUAAUUCUGGGAAACCAGUUCUGUUUCAACUGAUGGGCACCCAGGGUACAAGAAUUUCUAUUAUGUGACAUUAAUUCACUCAAGAUAUAUGGAUUUGAGACUCUUCAAAAACAGAUUGUUGUAACAUUAAUCAGUAUUAUCACCUCUAAAUCAACAUUUAUAUGACUGUGAAAUGGUCAUAACAUUAAACUUCAUUAAAACGUCCUAAUAACUAUUUUCAUAUCCAAUGAUAGAAUUGUUUUGUUCAAUUCUUGCUAACAUGAAGGGUGUCAUUUGCAUGGAAAGUCCAUUUAUUAACUCUAACUUGAAGGAGAAUGGCUACAGAUGCUCAGCUGGGGACGUGUAAAUGCCAUUGUAGCAAAUAAAACAACUUUGAAU